AUGUCGUGCAAUACCGACACCGUGGAGUGGAGCGAGCCAACUGGACAGGUUCGCUUUGUUAUCAUAAAUGAAUUGCCCGCUGGUAGCAUCGACUCUGCAGUGAUUCCAUCAAUCCAGAAUUUGCUGGUCAACAAUGGAGAGGCAGGAGAAGGCUUUUGUUGCGCCGAGUGUCUUGCUCUAUUUCAAGACCAGAGCGACACAUUCAAGGCCGGAGGGCUAUUUUUUAUCCUCGAUUUUCCCGCAAGCAUGGGCAUCCCUGAGAGAGCACUCUUCACACUGCCCAAUGGCCUAACAGUGGGCCGUUCCAGUAUUCCUGGCACAGGCGUUGGGGUCAUCAAUCACGGGCCCGAACUUGCUCCCGGAAUGCAUUUCGGACCAUUUGAAGGCGAAGAGACAAGCAUGGAGAACGCUAUCGCAAGUGAUUACUCCUGGGAGAUUUACAAAGAACAAGAUGCUUAUAAGUACAUUGAUGCCUCUACAGUGUCUCUGUCAAACUGGAUGAGGUACAUCAACCGUGCUCGCAACAGGGAUGAGAGCAACCUACUUGCAGUGCAGUACAAAGACAGUAUCCUGUACCACUGCUGUCGCAGCGUACAAGCUGGAGACGAACUGUUGGUAUGGCCCAGUGGCGAGCUGCUAGCCCAUUUCAGCAGUGCCUGGCUGCAAAUGUGGGUGACCAAGUUACAGACUGCAGCACAGAGGAUCUCCCCUCCUGAAUCCCAGCUCUUUGUGUGCAUCCACUGUCAGCUGACCUUCACCACCGAGACUUUCCUCCAACGACACGUCGACUGUUUCCACUCAAAUCAAGAGCUGGAAUCCCAUCCUAACGAAACCGUGGCAGAAAAUCCCGCUGCCGAUGCCGAGGUCUCUGCUCCUGCUCUGAUAUUACGUUCAGACGAUGCCGUCCCGACCACGGUCUGCUCUGACUGCAACAAGGUAUUUAAGCAGGCGUCACACCUAAAGCGGCACAAGCUGUCUGUACACGGCAACAGGCGCCCCUACUGCUGCCCGCUGUGCCAGCGUAGCUUCAGCCAGGCUUCGGGUUUUAUUCGACACCAGCUCGUUCACAGCAAGCCUAGCGGGACGAGCGAGAGGACAAAUGCAGCAGAAAACGGCGAGCAGGUCAGUGGCUCCCAAGAAGAGGCUUCCAACACGUUGGAUUUAACAACAACAGAGCAGCUGAGUGACGCCGUGAACGGGACUGCAAGUGCGCUAGGCGAACCUGAAGCAGAUGAGCAGCAGUACGUUUGUUCCGAGUGUGGGAAAAUAGCCCGCAACAAAGCGUCCCUCAAGAAGCACAAGACGCUGGUGCAUGACCGGCCUCAUCCGUACGUGUGCUCCCUGUGCAAGCGGUGCUUCGGUCAAUACAGCGACCUCACCCGCCACCUGCAGCGUCACCGCACAAGACGCAAAGGCCGCUCAGGAGCACGCAGUUUAUCUAGGUUGCCUGCUGAGAUGCCCUUUAGCUGUGCUGAAUGUUUGGUUGAGUUCUCCACUGUGGACCUCCUCCAGCUGCACGUCGAUUCCAGUCACCCCGAGGAGAGCCGAGAGGAGAACGACCCCGAUUUUGUCCCGCAACCUUCAGAAGCGGCCGAUGAAAUUCUUCCCUGUACGAGACCACGACGACACCUUGCUAAGUCCAAAAUUUUCACCGGUACCCAGCCCGUCACUCCCAAGCCAAAAGAGAGCCAGGACGGCAGCGAGGAGAUCACAAAGCGUAAAUUCUUCUGCUGCAACCACUGUAACCAGAGUUACGCCAACUCAGACGAGCUGCGAGCGCACAAAUGCAGUCAACAGCGCCACGUGUGCGCUACCUGCGGCAUGACUUUUGGCAAGUUGGUCUUCCUGCGCCGCCACCAGCAGACCAAGCAUCGUAGCGAACCGCCGUGCCGCUGCGAGCACUGUGGCAAGGACUUUAUCACAUCCACUGGCUUGGAACAGCACCGACGCACAAACACCUGCAGGAAGUAUUACUGUGACACAGAGGUCUUCCCUUGCACUCACUGUCAGUUCUCCUUUACCACCAAGAGCUUCCUGGCAAAGCACGUCCGCAGGCACCACCGACUAGAAGAGUACCUGGAUGACGUCCCAGUGGAUGAGCUGAAGGAGGAACAGGAUAAGGUGUUGAUGUGUCCCAAAUGCAACGGCGCCUUCACCAACACCAAAGCUUUUAAAAGCCACUCCUGCUUUCAAGAGGUGAAGGUGCUCUCCUUGUGUACUGACUGCGGCAAAGGCUUCAGUAACCCCUAUGGUCUCAAGCAGCACCAACGUACGCACACGGGUGAAAAGCCGUACGGCUGCCCGCAUUGCGCCAAGAGCUUUGCGCACUCGGGACAACUCAACGUGCACCUGCGCACGCACACGGGGGAGAAGCCGUACCUCUGCACACAUUGCGGGGAAAGCUUUCGCCAGUCGGGUGACUUAAAGCGGCACGAGCGCAAGCACACAGGCGUGCGGCCCCACCAGUGCGAAAUGUGCCCCAAGAGCUUUAGCCGCCCGCACAGCCUCAAGGCGCACCGCCUGCUGCAUAUGGGAGAGCGCAUGUUUACAUGCGGCGAAUGCGGGAAGAGCUUCUCCAGGAACUAUCAUCUGCGCAGGCACCACCAAAAGAUGCACACGUAA